CUGUCUCCGAGCUGGGGUCCUCCAGGAUCCCGGCAUGCCGCGGGUGUCCAUCAUGGCGGCGGACGGGGAGGUGGUGAGGCGCGUGUGUGAAACAGACGGUUGUGACAAGGAGGCGCGGCUGCAGUGUCCCACCUGCAUCAAGCUCGGUAUCCAGGGCUCCUUCUUCUGUUCGCAGGAAUGCUUCAAAGGAAGUUGGUCAACUCAUAAGCUCCUCCAUAAGAAAGCCAAAAAUGAAAAGUCUAAAGAAGAAUCCUCCAAAACUGAGAAAGAUGAAGUUAACACUGAUCCCUGGCCUGGCUAUCGAUACACUGGCAAAUUGAGGCCGCACUAUCCAUUGACCGUCAUGAGACCUGUGCCAAGUUACAUCCAAUGGCCUGAUUAUGCUCAUCAUCCUUUGGGUGUUUCUGAAUCAGAGCAGUCCUUAAAGGGAACUUCUCAAAUCAAAAUUCUGCCACCAGAGGACAUAGAAGCAAUGCGGGUCGUAUGCAAAUUUGCCCGGGAAGUACUGGACGUUGCUGCAAUGAUGGUGAGGCCAGGGGUAACAACUGAGGAGAUAGAUCAUGCUGUUCAUCUGGCCUGCUUAGCACGCAAUUGUUACCCAUCACCACUAAAUUAUUACAAUUUUCCAAAAUCAUGCUGUACUUCGGUAAAUGAGGUGAUCUGUCAUGGAAUCCCAGAUGCACGGCCAUUGCAAGAAGGUGACAUUGUUAAUGUGGACAUUACAGUUUACCGCAAUGGCUUCCAUGGUGAUUUAAAUGAAACUUUCUUUGUUGGUGAAGUUGACGAAGGCUCAAAGAAACUGGUGCAGACUACCUAUGAGUGUCUGAUGCAUGCUAUAGAUUCAGUAAAGCCAGGUGUUCGGUACAGGGAAUUGGGUAAUAUUAUACAGAAACACGCACAUGCAAACGGAUUUUCGGUUGUUCGAAGCUAUUGUGGACAUGGUAUCCACCGACUGUUUCACACUGCACCCAAUGUGCCACAUUAUGCCAAAAAUAAAGCUGUUGGAGUGAUGAAACCUGGUCAUGUGUUUACAAUUGAACCCAUGAUUUGUGAGGGGGCAUGGCAUGAUGAGACGUGGCCAGACAGCUGGACUGCAGUAACUAAGGACGGCAAGCGUUCUGCACAAUUCGAGCACACCCUUUUGGUUACGGAGACUGGCUGUGAGAUCUUGACAAGACGUCUGGAGGACAAUGGUCGGCCUUAUUUUGCAUCACAGUUGUAGCCCAACCUCCUUACUCUUGCACCUGCUGGCAACUUCUUGCUGUCUUCACCUGGAAUUCAACAAAUGCCUUAAGGCACUUGAUUUUGUUUUGGUUUGGAUGCUGCAAAGCACUGGAUGCACAAACAGUCUGUUUGCAGUAUAUCAUCUUGUCUCUUCCUCCCUCUCCCCAGAAUACCUCUGGUCCCAAUGGCAACUCUUUCUUGCUUGUAUCUUAAAUGUUUCUUAUUUGAAUAAAAUUUGUGGCUUCUGUCUUUAGAUUGUGAGCUAUUAUAAAAGAAAAUGGAAAUUGUGACUAGUUGCUGUAAGGUUAGUUGGUAAAUGUCCUCCAAAAAAUUGAUGUGGACAUAAAUAUUUAUGUUAAAAUGAUGGAAGAAGACACUACUCAUUCAGAAGAGAAAAGGCAUCUAUUAUAAACUUAUCUGGCUGGAGAUUCUUUCCUGAUCAGAUAUAACUUGAAAUACUGAUUGUUCUGAUGGAGAAUAUUCAAUACUGUCAAAAACUUUUGCCUAAAUUAACAGUUAUAUUCAUUUUAUGCCAUGAUUAGACAAGCUAACUAAUUUUUAAAUUAAAUUUGUAAAUGUCUUAUUUUUUUUCCUAAUUGUUGAAAUGCUGGUCAUAAUGUUGGUUCAAUGUCAUUGACGGAGUUAAGGCUUGGGAUCUGGGAAUGCGGGAUUUUGUGUUUCUUUUUUAAACCUUUACUUUCUUCUGGCCUCAUUGCGGGACUUGAAAAUCAAAUUUAAACACAUUGCCUGUAUAGAAGACAUUGUGUUACAUCUAAAAAGCGGACCCUACAGAAUCUUAAAUCUACUGGAAAAAGCUGUUGUCUUUCUGCAUUCCUGCACACUUCCUCCAGUUUUAACUUGAACAAAGCUGCAGACCAAAUAGAUUGGGGAAAUUGACUCACUGUUUUCGGUUGAUCUAUUAUUAGCCUCGUGGAUAGCCACUUGUCCUUUGAGAGGUGUUGUUGGGAAUUGGCUGGUUUGCACAGUGAAAAGAUUAGCUUUCUAACUCUGCUGAAUAUCGCAAAAUCUCUUGGAAUCCUAUGUGCACAUUUGAAAGAUUGGUAACUCCAACCCAAAUUUAAUGAUUGCACGUUGGAUGUGAUGGAAUGCUGUUGAAAAGGUCCCCCCUGUCAUUUCUGUGCUGGCUUCCCUCUGUUGAUGCAGCGACUCUCACUAAGGUAUUGCACCAUGGGCUCCUUUCCUACCCACUUUAAUUCCUCUGGUUCUGUAAGUCUGUUUCUGUGCUGGAGUUCCCCUUACUGCUGGAGCUGUGUGGGUUACCUUGUCAAGUCCUAUUCGUCUUAUUAUAAUGGGGCUUAGAACAAGAAAGGUUUUGAUUUAAAACCUUUUCAUAAAAUAAAGAUGUGAAAUCCACCAGUAGUAGUGAUAAGAGUUUCAUCUGAAGGAAUCAAUGUCUUUGCAUCCCAGUAUUGAAACAUAAUCCUGAAGAGCUGUUUGUUUUAAAAACAGAGUGAGGAAGAUCCAUCUGGUUGAACUGUUGGAGUUAGCAUUAGCUGCACCUCAGUGGGUGUUGUCACAAAGUUGGCAAUGGUUAGGGGCUAGGUGUAGAUGGUAAAAAAUCUGAUACGUUUGCUUAGGUUGGAACAACUGUAUAACUUAUUUGUUAGACCUUGGGAGCAAGUUUGGUCAUUUUACUAGUUUGCUGCUGGGGUCCUGCCUCUGUACAAUAAAAAUAUAAAGUUAAAAAUCACGACACCAGGUUAUAGUCCAACAGGUUUAUUUGGAAGUCCAAACUUUCAGUGCACUGCUCCUUGGUCAGGUAGCAACUCCUCUAGCUUCCUUUGAAGGAGCAGCCCUCAAAAGCUAGUGCUUCCAAAUAAACCUGUUGGACUAUAACUUGGUGUUGUGAUUUUUAACUUUGUCCACCCCAGUCCAACACUGGCACCUCCAUAUUAUAAUAAAAAUAUAAACCACCUUAAAAUUCACUUUUUGGAUGUGGGCAGCAUUGACAACAGCAGUUGUUACCUCUCCCUAAUUGCCCUGGAUGCAAUCUUAGUGGUGUGGACACUCCCACAAUUUCUUUGAGGAAGCAAAGUCCAGGAUUUCAACCAAGAAACAUUGAAGGAACAGCAGCACAGGGCAGUGCUUGACUUAGAGAGGAACUUGUAGGCGGUGAUGCUCCAAAGCCCUUGCCAUUCUGGGAGUUAGAGGUCAUUGAUUUGGAAGGUGCUAUGCAAGAUGGUUUAAUGUAUUGCUGCAAUGCAUCUUGUAGCUGGUACACACUGCCACCAAUUUGAUAUACUUAAACUGGUAAAUGAAAUGCUCAUCAAUGGCUGCUUUGUCCUGGAUGGAGUUGAGUUUCUUGGAUAUUAAUAUCAUUCACUGAAUCCUUAUGUUUCUUUAUUCUGUUCCUCCAACCGAUUGCAAUCCUCUGCAGCCUUGGUUAGACACGUUUAUUAGGUUUCUGUUUGUAACUGACUAUACUUAUUUCAAAUAGUGAAAAGUGCCCCUACGUUUCAAAAUUUUGUUAGUUUGAUGAUCUUGGUAAAGUCCAAGAGAGAAAUUGAACGUUUUCGUUAUUCGUCAUGUCAUUUCAGUCUAUGCUCUGUUUGAUCUCCUAUUGCCAAACUCUCAACACCUCAAACACCACCAACAACCCCCCCAGCCACCCCAACCCUUAAGUACUUGGAACCUUAAUUGUGCCCCAGUUCAGUCAGUUCUGAUCUGAGCAUGGGACCUGAUGAAAAUCUUUCCAUUGUGCAGUCUUGUACAGAUAGAUUUUUUUCUGGAUUCAUUUGUGUCUUUGAACUUCAGCCUUUUGUUCAGAUGAAGAUAGGAUUGCCUUGAAUUGCAGGAUGUUUCCUGUAGCUGAGUUAAGUGUAAUGUACCUUACCCUUGUCUAACUACAAAAUGCAGUGCCUGAUGUAAUUAUUUCCUACCUAUGGCAGCUAUAGCAUGUGCAUACCAUUUUGAGUGUGAUUUAACUGUAAGUGUAAAAAUUGGGCUAAAUAUGUAAUCUCUGUGGUGUAGGACUCUGGUGGUACAGUGGUAGUGACCCUUCCUCUGAGCCAGGAGGUCUAGUUUCAAAUCCCACUUGCUCUAAGGAUGUUAUUACACAUCUGAACAGAUUAAUUAAAGGCAUCCAAAAUCUCUGUCACAGUUUGGAUACAGAAAUUACGAAGAUAUAUCUUUGCAGAAGAUAACCUUGCUAAAGGGGUUGCAUAGCAGUCAUUAUCUGAAAUGUGGUUGGUAUAGAGCUGGGUUCAUUGGUUAAGUGAUGAAUUCUCGAGUGAGAAAUGUCUCCAUUAACACACAAGUAAUUAGUGCAUUUAUAAUUAGCCUUGUGUAGCAGUGAUGCUGUGAUUAAGGAAUUUUGAAAUUGGGUGUCUUUGUUCUGUAAAUGGAUACAUGUGCUCUGUUCAUGUCAGCAAACUGACAAUGAAAAGGUACAAACAAGAUUUUAAUAUUUUAAGCCAAUAGUUGUGAUUCUCAGGUUAUAUUUGUUAGUUAGAAGAUAAUUUUUUGUAAUAACAGCAUCAGUGGUCAAGCAAAGUGACCUUUUGUUCUUUCUGUCCCACCCUCUGUCCAAAUCCUACAAUUGUUUACAUUAAGUUGCAAACUUCAAGUGCAUCUAGUUACAUUUUUAAAAUUUGUUUUAGUCUGAUUUCCUUCUCUCCACAUGUCACCACAACCAGUUGUCGAAUUUGCAGGGUUUUUUUGCAUUCAAUUCUUGGUGCUGAAAUCCAAUAUUGUGAUUGUUUCCUAAAUUGCAGGUUGAUGGCUUUAUAUUGGUAUAAUUAAACUAUAUUGAACAGAUUACAAGAACUGCCAUUGAAAUAAGCCAUGUUGAGUUUUAUAUAAACAUGAUGUGCAAACAAUAAAUGAGUUACACAUUUUUGUA